AUGGGCUCGGCGGAGAACAGACCGCUGACUCCCGCCGCACUGCGCAGGCGCCCCCGCGCUCGGCACCCUGGGAGCUGUAGUCCCGACGCCUUCGCGGCUCCGGCGGGCGCGUGCCGGGCCUCGGCCGAGGCGGGCCGGGGCGCCCGCCGGGGAAAGCGGGCCUGGUGUCCUCCGCCGUGGUGGCGGCGGCAGCUAGCCGCCCCGAGCCGGCCGGGAGAGGGAGUCGGGGGGAGUGACCGGAGAGAAUGGCCAAGCAGGUUGACCAAGUCGGUGCUGUUCUUGUGUCUGGGUAACAUCUGUCGAUCACCCAUCGCAGAAGCAGUUUUCAGGAAACUUGUAACUGAUCAAAACAUUUCAGAUACUUGGAGGAUAGACAGUGCAGCCACGUCCACGUAUGAACUAGGAAACCCUCCUGACUAUCGGGAGCAGGCUUGCAUGAAGAAGCAUGGUAUCCCCAUGAGUCACGUUGCCCGGCAGAUUACCAAAGAAGACUUUGCCACUUUUGAUGAUAUACUAUGUAUGGAUGAAAGCAAUCUGAGAGACUUGAACAGGAAAAGUAAUCAAGUUAAAAACUGCAGAGCGAAAACUGAACUACUUGGGAGCUAUGAUCCACAAAAACAACUCAUUGUUGAAGAUACAAUUAUGGCAACGACGGACUUUGAGACCGUGUACCAGCAGUGUGUGCGGUGCUGCAGAGCCUUCGUGGAGAAGGUUCACUGACCCGGGUCCAGUCCUGCU